UGACAGACAGGCGCUCUCAACCAAUAGCCUGCCGGGGAAUCAGCUGACUUGUGUGGACAGCGCCAGGUGUUUGUCUUUUUUUUUUUUUUUUUUUUUUUAUCAUUUUCUUCCUCGUUUCCAGAGACAGGAACAGGCGACGGCAGUGCGGAGGAAUAUCAGGGUGACAAACCGGCAGCAGGUUGGAGACGGCAUCAUGGGACUGAUGGGAUACACAAGCCGCAACUCGCUGUAAACAGACACAAGCUGAGCCUCGUAUGAAACAGGAACAUGUCUUAUUACGCUUUUUUUCAGCCUGUUCAGCUGGCACCGUGAUAUUCAUCUUUUGGGGUGCUGACGCGCAUACCUGGAUGAACGAGCUGUGCGCUUGGGAACAUCGGACUGAAAUGCCAACAAGAUAAUCCUGCAACUCCAUCAUCGUUUGGAUUUAAAUCCUGAAUUUCCUGUAAUCAGUGGAAAGUCUGGUUGAUGUUUGUAACAUAGCCUGGUCCCAAGCCAUUUGAUGGUCUUCCUGUCCCUUCCAAGCAUGGCUAGAUGGAAGUUAGACUGCUUUUCUCUGGGCCAAGUGUUUGCUGGCCUGAUCCUGGUAUCAAUAGGACUAUCUUGUGUCCAGAGCAAUGAGUGUCCCCAGCUGUGUGUAUGUGAGAUCCGACCCUGGUUUACACCCCAGUCUACCUACAGAGAAGCCAUCACUGUGGACUGCAAUGACCUACGCUUAACACGGAUCCCGGGGAACUUGUCCAGUGAGACUCAGGUCCUUCUCUUGCAGAGCAACUACAUCGCCAGGACCAGUGAGGAGCUGGAGCAGCUCUUCAACCUGACCGAGCUGGACCUGUCCCAGAAUAACUUCAGUAACAUUCGAGAUGUUGGUCUCACCAACAUGUCCCAGCUCACCACCCUUCAUCUAGAGGAGAACCAGAUCACAGAAAUGCCAGAUUAUUGUCUGCAGGACCUCAGCAACCUGCAGGAACUCUACAUCAACCACAAUCAGAUAAACACCAUCUCUCCUAAUGCCUUUUCUGGGCUUCGUAACCUGCUCAGGCUUCACCUCAACUCCAACAGGAUCAAAACCAUCAGCAGCCAGUGGUUUGAAUCUACGCCCAACUUAGAGAUACUCAUGAUUGGAGAGAACCCUGUUGUUGGAAUUAUGGACUUUAAUUUCAAGCCACUGGGCAAUCUAAGAAGCCUGGUUUUAGCUGGGAUGGACUUGACAGAUGUCCCUGGUAAUGCCUUUGUGGGACUUGACAAUCUUGAGAGCCUCUCUUUCUAUGAUAAUAAGCUGGUUGAAGUACCUCAGAGAGCCCUCCAGAAAUUACCCAACCUCAAGUUUCUAGAUUUAAAUAAAAACCCAGUGCACAAGAUUCAGGAAGGAGAUUUUAGGAAUAUGCUGAGGCUGAAGGAGCUGGGUAUAAACAACAUGGGAGAACUGGUUUCCAUUGACCGGUAUGCUUUGGACAACCUCCCUGAGCUCACUAAGCUGGAGGCGACCAACAACCCCAAGUUCUCUUAUAUAAAUUGUCAGGCCUUCCGUGAUGUCCCAGCUUUGGAGAGUCUAAUGCUGAACAACAAUGCCUUGACUGCCCUCUAUCAGUCCACAGUAGAUUCCCUCCCCAACUUGCGUGAGAUCAGCAUCCACAGCAACCCCCUGCGCUGUGACUGUGUCAUACAGUGGAUGAGCUCCAACAGAACUGCAGUACGAUUCAUGGAACCUCUGUCCAUGUUUUGUGCCAUGCCAGCUGAGGUCAGAGGUAUGCAUGUGCGUGAGGUGUUGCAGAAUAAGUUAGUAAACCAGUGCCUGCCCAUGAUUUCUCACGAUACCUUCCCCAGCCAUCUCAGUUUGGAAAUUGGUAUGACCGUGGACUUGGACUGCAGAGCUAUGUCCCAGCCUGAGCCUGAAAUCUAUUGGGUGACACCGAUGGGAAACAAGAUAAUGAUUGACACCCUGUCUGACAAGUACAGCCUCAACAGUGAAGGGACAUUGAAAAUUUCUCAUAUCCAAGUUGAGGACUCUGGCAGAUACACCUGUGUGGCUCAGAACUCAGAGGGAGUUGACACAAGAGUGGCAGCCAUACAGGUGAACGGUACUCUGUUAGACAACACGCAGCUCAUGAAGAUCUACGUCAAGCAGACAGAAGCCGACUCCAUUCUUGUCUCCUGGAAAAUAAACUCAAAUGUAAUGACUUCCAACCUCAAGUGGUCAUCCGCAACCAUGAAAAUAGACAACCCGCAUAUUACUUACACUGCCAGGGUACCUGUGGAUGUCCACGAGUACAAUCUGACGCAUUUACAACCAGCAACCGAAUACGAGGUGUGCCUCACAGUCUCCAACAUCCACCAACAAAUGCAAAAGUCAUGCGUGAAUGUGACAACGAAGCAAGCGACCUUUGCUGUGGAGAUAUCUGAUCAGGGGACCAACACUGCUCUGGCAGCAGUCAUGGGAAGCAUGUUUGCAGUCAUCAGCUUGGCCUCUCUAGGCGUGUACAUGGCCAAGCGGUGGAAGAGGAAAAAUUAUCACCACUCCCUAAAAAAGUAUAUGCAGAAGACCUCAUCAAUACCACUAAAUGAGCUGUACCCUCCUCUUAUUAACCUGUGGGAGGCAGAUAGUGAGAAGGAGAAGGAAGGCACCUCAGAGACCAAACCCAGCCAGGUGGACACCACACGCAGCUAUUACAUGUGGUGAGAGCAGCUUUCCUGUGCAAGAUGCAAAGUCAGGAGCACAAAAGCAGACAUGCUUCUUUGUGGAAAAGUGAACAAAGUUUUCUCUUUUUAUUUUUAUUUUUUUCUUUUCCUUUUGGCUUCCUUCAGUCCGCUCAGACUGAGGCGAACUAUGAAGCUAAUUUUCUGGUCUCUAGUUUAGCAUACUGCCUUUUUACCUCUCACCUGUUUUCACACACAACAUGGAAGCAGUGCUGAGCUUCCUGGACUCAGUAGUCACUGUGCUUUACUUUUGUCCUUGUUUUGACGAACACAGCAUGAGUAUUGUCACGGAUUCAAAGGAAAAGCUGAAAUCCAAACGUUUCUCUGACAGAGCUGUUAAAGACUGCAAUCGUUCUUUCUAUCGUUAAACAGUUUCACUUUUGACUGUUGUGCACUGAAAUAUAUAUAAAUAUAUACUAAUUUGUCUAUCAACUCAAAUAUAAGCUGAGAAAGUAUGUUUAGACUUGAUAUAUCGUCUAUUGAAUAAUCAUAGAAACUCUUCUGUAAUGUUGUAUCAGCUUUUAUUUGACUUUCAGAACUUUUUGUACAUUAAAACGUUUGUUUGAUUUAGACUUUCCGCUUGCAGGGUUCUGUAAACCAGCAAUAGAAAUAUGAAUGUUAUAAACUAGGUGAAUAGUUGUAAGGCUUUUUUCAGUUACCUAAAGAUUUAGUUUUCUUUUGCUAGAAUGUCAGCAAUCACUGCUUUUGUUGUUGUUUACACACACAAACAUGUUUAAUGAGGAGCAACUAAAAUAAAAUCUUUUUUCCUCA